UGAAACAAUUGUACAUCCGGGUGAAGCUAUGUUUACAGUCCGGGCGGAAACAUCCAUAGAUGGAGGACAGCUAACGUCAACUGUCCAGUGAGAAAGCUGCAUUUACAUCGUAUCCUGCAACCACUUUGCUGCGAAAUCACCACCGAUGGCGUCUCAGAUCCCCAUAACCGUGAAGAGCCAGGCGGCAGCCGGCAGCUCUGCGGCUCUAAGAGGGAAGAAACGUCCCGGGAGUCCGGCGGUGGCUGCCGCUCAGCAGACCGGCGGCAGCAACAAGAAGAAGAAAGGACAGCCGGCAGCGACACCGGCCACACAGACCCAGAUAACAGCAGUAGACAAUGUGGCUGAGGUGAAGACAGCAGGAUCAAUAGACAGUGCUCCGACCACCAACACCACCACCACCACCACCACAGAGUCCACUGCAAAGCCUCCACCGUUCAAAGACCCUGCGUUUAUGCAUUCUGGGAUUGGUGGAGCAGCUGCAGGUAAAAAGAACAGGACCUGGAAGAAUCUCAAACAGAUUCUGGCUUUGGAACGGACUUUACCCUGGAAGCUCAAUGACCCCAACUACUACAGUAUUGAUGCUCCUCCCUCCUUGAAGCCAGCGAAAAAGUACUCUGACAUCUCUGGGCUCCCUGCAAACUACACCGACCCUCAGACGAAACUACGCUUUGCAUCCUCUGAGGAGUUCUCCUACAUCCGCCUCCUCCCCACUGACGUUGUUACGGGCUACCUGGCCCUUCGAAAGGCAACUUGCAUUGUACCCUGACAGCUCAGCAAGGGUUGAAACCUUAAAACGGGUUGAAACCACAACUGAACUCAUGGCAGUGAUGGAAACUGUCUGAGCAGCCAAGAGACUGUGAGAGUAGAGGCUCAAGUUGUGAAUACCACUGAAAGGACGACUGCUGGAGCUCACAGACUGGCCACUGAGAGAUAUUUGCACUGCUGUUUUUAAGAGGGCGAUCUGAGUCCAAAUGAGACUGUAUGACAAAUUAAAUGUGACAUUUAUCUCUUUUCAAUUUAGAGAAAAACUUUGUGAAUGACAUUUACAUAAUUCCUCAAGGGGACAGAAAGUGUUAUCACUGAGUUCAUUGAAAAGUCAGGAAUGGGAUACUCUCUUGCUCAUUUGUUAAAAUACAUUUCUCAGCAUUCUAGACUGUAUUUUCCUAAUCCUACAAACACAAAGACAUGUUUUGGAGCUCAGCUAAUGAUUCACUCUUUUUAAUUCCUGGGGGUACAUUCAGUUUUUUCUCUAGGAUGCCGAAUGUUCUACCUUGUGAUAGAGUAGCUCUGUUUCCAGUGAUUUAAGUGCCUUUUUUGUCCUACACAAAGCACAUGAAUCAAUGGCGAUUCCAUCAGUUCGGGUAGAGAAAGGUUGCACACAAGCUUUUGGAAGGAAUUUGUUCAUUUCAGAUUGACUGUCGGUUCUAUUUUUCAACAACCUGAUUAAAGCUAACAUCAAUUUGGUGUUAAAGUUUGA